CAAACAGCUGUGUGUGUGUGCAUUCGAUCACCCUCUUUCCUUCGUGAAGGUGCACGUUCGCGGUCAACGGUCGCAGUCUGCUACUACUUCUGGAUCAUCGAAUUGAUUUCUCUUGAACGUCGACUCUGGAAAUAUAUAUAAUAACUCGUCUGAUGUGACACGGGAUAUGCUAAACAAUGCAAUUAAUAUUAGAUACUGAACCUAGUAUAGAUGUCAAGAGAAACAUGUCAGCUUUAAAUCAAGAACCUCUGGGUGAACAAAUUGAAAAUGUUAUUCAGAAUCUUAAAAAUGAUAUUUCUAAUGGUAACAAAGAAAAUAUCGAAACACAGAGCAAUGUAAUAAUUGGAGAUAAUAAAGAUCCUAUGGUGGAAAAUGAUAAAACAAGUGACAAUGAUAUUAAUGCAACAUUUUUACCAUUGGUCAAUGAAAGCUCAAAGAUAGAAGAUAUUGACGACAUAACCAAAAAUGAAAACAAUAUUAAAGAAAUAUUGCAAAACAUAGAGGAGAAAUCCACAGUAAUAGAUGAAGAAGCCAACUCUAUUGUUGUUACACAAGAAAAUGAACUUGGUGACAUUGAAGGUAAUGGAAUUUCUAUUGAAAAGAAAUCUAACAUUUGUUUAAAACAAGAACAAGUUGUUGAAGAGAAAAUAGAGAAUACAUCAAAAGAGCAAAUAAAUAAUGAUUCUUCAUCAACUUCUGUUGAUGAUACUCGAUUAGAAGAAAAUAAAAGUAAUGAUAUUGAGCUAGAUGAGGAAAUAAUUGUAAAAGAAACCGUAAAAGUAAAUGGCCCAGUUACCGAUCAAAUAAGCAAUGAGCAAAUUGACGAAAUAUUUUUAGAAAACCAAGUAAACAAAAUUGAAACUGAUAGCGAAAUUAUGAUAAAAGGAGAACCUAUAGACAACAAUGAACCAGUUGUUGAUGACAAAAUAGAAGAGAUAUCAAAAGAACAAAUAUAUAAUAAACAGAUUGAUGUGAUAUCUUUAAAAGAAAAUAAAAUAGAAGAAAUUGCAUCCGAAGACGAUAAAGUCAUUCAAAAUUCUGUAGAAGAUAAUGAAAAAAAUCAAGUCACUAUUAACAAUGAUAACAGUAAUAAAGAAGAGGAUAUUUUAAUGGAAAUAGAUAGUGAAGAAGAAGAUAUUUGUAUUAAAGACGUUACAAUGAACGAGGAAGAUAGUAAAAAACAUCCUUCCACUGAAAAAGAUAACAAUAAAAUUGCUGAAUUUGUAAUGGAAGAAGACAACAAGAUUGAAACUAUUAAUCAAGAAGGCGCAGGAACGAUUUCUAUAAGUAAAACAAAUGAAAAUACAGAAGUCGAGAAUGUUAACUUUGUAAUGGAAGUAGACAAUAAGUUUGAAACUACUAAUCAAGAAGUCGCAGGAACGAUUUCUAUAAGUAAAACAAAUGAAAAUACAGAAGUCGAGAAUGUUAAUAGUGAAGAAAAACAACUAUAUAAAGCAUCAGAAGAAAUAAUUGUAGCAAUGGAUACAGUUACAAGCAGAGAACAAGGUGUAAUAUCCAUAAAGUUAAAAGAUAGUGAACAAGUUUUUGAAAGUGAGACUGACGACAAUAAAGAAAAGGUUUUUUCUAAUACGAAUGUAGAUGAAAUUAACAAAGUUGAUGUAGUACAGGAAGAUAAAAUUAGUAGUCAAGAUACAAAAUUAACUGUGACGCAAGAGGAAGCAAAAGAUGAUACAAGUGUAACAACGUCAGUUUUAAAAUUAUCGAAUACCCUUGAUAUCUUGUCAGAUGAAGAGGAUGAGCCUCCAACAACUGCAAAUGAAAAUAAUAACGAGAGUAAUCCUACUGAAAAACAAUGCAUUAAUAUUGAUGAUGAUGAUGACAUUAUGGUAAUAGAAGAUGCAAAUAGUGAAGAAAGUAAAAAUGAAACAAGUAAAGCUGAAAUAGAAGCUCCCCAUGAAGUAAAAUCCAAUAUACAUGACAUAUAUGAUAAGACAGCAAUUCGCAAAACAAAUGUGGAUACUUUAACAACAGAGCAUAAAACCAUUCAGAAAUUGGAAGGAGAUAAUACAGAAAAUAGUGUCCAACAACAAGAAAUCGAAAAAGUUAGUACUGUAAAAGAGGCUGUGGAAGAAAAGAAACCUCUAGUUCCAGAUAAUUUCCUAAAGACAUAUAAAAAGAGCUUAAAUGAUAUGACGAGAGAUGAUCUAGAAGAGUUUUGUAUAUUAAAAAUUGUGGAGAGUAUUGUAGACAGGAGUAACUUAAGUGAAAUUAAAGCAAAAUUAAAGACUUUGACUCAAAAUGUUGAUGAGUAUAAGAAAAAAGUCAUGAUGUUAACAAAACAAAAUCGUGAUCUUCAAGUAGUAUUAAAAUCUGUGCAAGAAGAACAGAAGAAAAAAAUGGAUACCAUUAUAACACCUUUGAAAAUUACCAGAUCAGUUGGUAUGCAAGUUUUAAUGACUGAAAAACCUGGUAUAAGAAGGAAACCAUUACCUAGUUCAACAGCAGCUACCCUUAAUAAUAAUAAUAAUAGCCCCAAUACCAGAUCAGGCCGACUUCCUAUUCAAAGUCCAAGGACUACAAAGCAGACUGCUCCCCUACAAAUACCUGUACCAAGACUCGUUCCAGCUUCAAACAGUGCUGUUGUAAAAACUCCCUCGCCUAUAUCUCAGAUUACAGGAAAAACAGUAGCUCCAUUAAAUGGCGUUAAAAAUCCUUCACCAGCCCAGAAACCAGAAAAAAGGCCACAUAACAAAGUACAAAUGUCAGUCACAGUAGACUUGACUGAUGAUGAGCCACCUUCCAAAAUAACAACUAGAAGUUCACCAGCUACACCACCAGUACGAUUGGUGCCUCCUCAAAAUCUAAUGGCUCCACAAAGGCAUCAGUUGAGUCAAAGUAGCCCAAGGAAAGUGUAUAUACCAAUAAGUGGUCCACAAGGAAAUAUUAGGCCAGGUCAGACAAUCAUGUUAAAAUCAGCACCUACACAAAAUCCAAGACCACGGGGUCCUGCACCUCAAUUAGCUAGAAUGCCACAAAACCAAGUAAGAAUAUCUAGAGUACAGAGCAGGCACCCAGCCCCUCUUCCUGAUGCUAUGAAGCAAUACCAGCCUCCACAUUGGAAGGCGUUGCCGCCAGCGCCUGAUCUCAAAUUAUCCAAAGUGGAGAAUGGAAUUGUAAUCUCAUGGAAAAUUGAAGGCUACCUAGAAGACAGUUAUGAAGAAAUUGCUAGUUAUCAACUCUACGCAUACCAAGAAACUUCAUCACCACCCAGUACUGCAUUAUGGAAAAAAAUUGGUGAUGUUAAAGCACUGCCUUUACCAAUGGCAUGUACAUUAACCCAAUUUAUGGCAGGUUUCAAAUACUAUUUUGCUGUUAGAGCUGUUGAUAUAAGAUCUCGACUUGGACCAUUUAGUUUACCUGGAAGUAUAUUGCUCUUGAAUAAAAUGUAAGACUGAUGUUUAUUAUUUUAGUUGUCUGAUUAUGUUUGGUGCCUACAAUGUUAUACAUUGUGUGGAGAAUGUAAGAUGCAAGUGAUAAUUUUUAGUUGUAUUUAGUUUAGUUAUUUAUUUUACUAGUUUCUAAUUCUGUAUAGAGCAUGAGCAUAUUAGUUGUAGAGUUUUAUUUUAAAUUUUUCUAUUGUAAAAAGGAUAUAUUAAUAUUGAAGCCCAACAAAGGUGUUGUAAAUAGUUAGUUAAAUUAGAAUAUCCGAAAUAAAUACAUGGACACUUCAAAAGAAUUUUUAGAUCGUGCUUUUUUUAAAAUGUACCUAGUUUGUAUAAAAUUUAAGAAGUCUAAGUACUUACUUUGUAUAAUUUUAAAUUUGACGUAACUGCCAUUUCUGAUGAAAACUAUUGUGCAAGUAAUAAAAAUUGUCCAAUACCUUCCAAUAUUCAGUUAAUUCUGAAUCAUUUAGAAAUUUGUAAUUACAAUUUUUAUAACUACCUAACAACUGUUUUAUUCAAAUAUAUUGAUUCCGACUCCAAUAAUCUUUGGAAUGUAAGUUUUAUAUAAAAUUAAUGAGAAUGUGAUAAGCGGUCUAAUCUAAAAAUUACAAAACCGUAAAUGCCCAAUUUGAAACAAAUUUCAGCAUAAAAUUGUAUUGAAUUGAUAUUUAUUAAAAAAAAAAAAAAAAAAGAAUCUACCAUGAAUUCGUCAAUCUUAAAAACAAAAUAAACGACAUCUGAAAUAUAAGGUCGUUUUUUUCCCCCGUACUAGGACUGGAAUUUUACAAGAGAAUAAACUCAUUUAAUACACCCAGUGUUAAUACCUAUAUGAAGUUGCAUUAGU